AUGAGCCCUCUGCGACCCCGCAGCGCGCCGUUCGCGCUCCUGGCCGUACUCCUGGCCGUGCGGGCCGAGACCCCGCACCUGGUGCGCGUGGACGCGGCCCGCGCGCUGCGACCCCUGCGGCCCUUCUGGAGGAGCACAGGCUUCUGCCCUCCACUGCCGCACGACCAGGCUGACCAGUACAACCUUAGUUGGGACCAACAGCUGAAUCUUGCCUACAUAGGUGCUGUCCCUCACAGAGGCAUUGAACAGGUCCGAAUACACUGGCUGCUGGAUCUCAUCACAGCCAGGGGCUCAUCUGGGCAGGGCCUGAGCUACAACUUCACCCACCUGGAUGCAUUCCUGGACCUCCUCAAGGAGAACCAGCUUCUCCCAGGAUUUGAGCUGAUGGGCAGCCCCUCUGGGCACUUCAUGGACUUUGAGGACAAGCAACAGGUGUUUGAGUGGAAGAACCUGAUCUCUCUCCUGGCCAGGAGAUACAUUGGUAGGUAUGGGCUGACACAUGUUUCCAAGUGGAACUUUGAGACAUGGAAUGAACCAGACCACCACGACUUUGACAACGUGUCCAUGACUAUCCAAGGUUUUCUGAACUACUAUGAUGCCUGCUCUGAGGGGCUGCAUGCUGCCAGCUCUGCCCUAAGGUUGGGUGGUCCUGGGGACUCCUUCUACCCCCUUCCGAGGUCACCACUGUGCUGGAGCCUCCUGGAACACUGUGCCAAUGGAAUCAACUUCUUCACGGGUGAGGUGGGCGUACGGCUAGACUACAUCUCCCUGCACAAGAAGGGUGCAGGCAGCUCCAUGUCUAUCUUGGAGCAGGAGGUUGAGGUGGUAGAACAGAUCCAGCAGCUCUUCCCCAAGUUCAAGAAUAUCCCCAUUUACAACGACGAGGCGGAUCCACUGGUGGGCUGGUCCCUGCCACAGCCUUGGAGAGCUGAUGUAACCUAUGCAGCCCUGGUGGUGAAGGUCAUCACACAGCACCAGAACCUGCUGGUCGCCAACACCAGCUCCUCCAUCAACUACACACUCCUGAGCAAUGACAAUGCCUUUCUGAGCUACCACCCAUACCCCUUCUCACAGCGAACACUGACUGCCCGCUUCCAGGUCAACAAUACCCACCCACCCCACGUGCAGCUGUUGCGAAAACCGGUUCUCACUGCCAUGGGGUUGCUGGCCCUGUUGGAUGAAGAACAGCUCUGGGCAGAGGUGUCAAGGGCUGGGGCCGUGUUGGACAGCAGCCACACAGUGGGUGUCCUGGCCAGCACCCACAACCCUGAAGGCUCUGAGGCCUGGCGUGCCACAGUGUUGGUCUACACUAGUGAUGACAUCCGUGCACACCCCAACCACAGUAUCCCUGUGACCCUGCACCUCUAUGGGGUGCCCCGUGGCCUGGGGCUUGUCUAUGUGGUACGCUACCUGGACAAUCGACUCUGCAGCCCCUACAGGGAAUGGCAGCUCUUGGGCCGGCCUGUAUUCCCCUCUGCAGAGCAGUUCCAGCGCAUGCGUAAGGCAGAGGAUCCAGUGGCUGAGGCACCACAGCCCUUCCCUGUGGGGGGCCACCUGACUCUCCACAGGAAUCUUCCCCUACCGUCACUCCUGCUGAUACAUGUGUGUGCUCGCCCAUUGAAGCCGCCAGGCCAGGUCAGCCAUCUCCGUGUGCUACCCUUGACCCGAGGGCAACUAGUUCUGGUCUGGUCAGAUGAGCAUGUGGGCUCCAAGUGCCUGUGGACAUAUGAGAUCCAGUUCUCCCUAGAUGGUGAGGUGUACACCCCAAUCAGCAGGAAGCCGUCUACUUUUAAUCUCUUUGUGUUCAGCCCAGACACAGCUGUGACCUCUGGUUUCUACCGGGUGCGAGCUCUGGACUACUGGGGCCGACCAGGUCCCUUCUCAGACCCUGUGAUGUACUUAGAGGUCUCUGCUUCAUGAGGGCCAUGGCUCCUGGUGGUCUGUGAGCAGGUGCUGAUUGGACCACUUUGUGGCGGUCAGCUUCUUUUGUCAUUACCCUAGUCCCUUUAAAGUGACUUUUUCUGCCUCAGAUUUGGGGCGAACCUCUAUGGAUGAGCAGUGGGUACAUGUGAUGGCCAACACCAAGAGAGAAGCAGAGAGAAGUGGCUGGAGGACUGUAGGGCUCUGCUUGGUAGACUUGGAACAUCUUGUCUGCUCAGGACCAGGAGCUCAGCCAGGGAAGGUUUCCAACACUCCCUUGCCACUCAAGGGAAGAGCCCCUGUACUCUGCCACAUGGAGAAUGGUAUGGGGAGUCCUUGCCCAGCCCAGAGUGGUCAGCAGCAGCACCAACAGCAGAACAAACAAACCAAAAAAACAAAAACAAAAACAAAACAAAGAAGCAAACAAACAAACAAAAAUGUCCAUUUUGUUCUAUGUCUACCCACCCAUUGACAUCCUGGCUUCAUAUCUGGGCCUAAGAGGAAACAAGACAGACAUUCUGAUAAUACUUAAGUAACUGUUUACAGGGGUGUAAGCUGCAGGCAGGGAAGCUCCCAGGUGGUCAAAACUGUACCCUAGGGCAGACAGAGCAGGUAAUAGAGUCCUGAAGGAUCCAGAUAACAAUAUGCAGAAAUGACAAAGAACAGAGAUCUUCUGACCAUGGACAAGGACUGCCCAUGGAUCCUGUGAGUUAGAUCCUGGGAGCAGGAUCCCCAGUUCAUCAUCAUCUCUCUCUCCAGUGGCCCCUGGGCUAUCCUUGGACCAGCUGAGAAUUGAGGCACAGAGACCUAAGGCACUUCCCUGGAGGCUGUUGUCCUUUGGCUAUGUAGGAGGACACGGGUACUUGUUCCAAAUAGAAAGCUCACAUGUGUUGAGUGUCCGUGGACAGUAGAGGUGGUUCCCACCAGGCCAGGUGGCUCCAGAGUGCUGAUGUAUCCAUACCCUCUGGCUUCACUGAUGGGGUGGCUUCAUCUUGUCAUUGAAGUUCGGGUUUCUAGUUGUACCAAGAACCAGGGGAGUUCACAUUGUCCCUGCUGCCAUGCCACUCACCUGGACCCACAAUUGGGCACUGUGGUAGCAGAAAGGCUGGUACCUUAUGCCCCUGGUUUGUGAGAUUCUCCAGUGGAUGAACACAGCCAUUUUGAAGAUGUGGGAUGCUUGCUGCCUAUUUUGGGAACCGACAUACUUUCAUCUUCUCCAGGCCCUCUUGUCCCCAAGCUACUUGCUUUUGUCUGUCUGGGUCUGGCUAAUAAACCAUCAGCCUUUUGAA